AUGGCAGAACGGAUCAGCACCACGGUUGGGGAUGUAAUGGACUCGUUGCUUGGUGUGGCUAAAAAGGAGAUUAGUUACAUGUGGAAUUGCAAAGAGUAUGUUGAAAAAUUCAAGAGAGAAAUUAAAAGUCUUGAAGUUAUGAAGAGUCAGGUUCAACAGCAAAUUGCUAUUGCCGAAGCUAAAGGUGAUAGUCUCUUACCUGGUGUGGAAGAGUGGCGAAACGAGGCAGACGACGAAAUAUCCAAAGCUAAAGAGCUUCUUGCAGAAUUUCUUAAUUCCAUGAAGACAUGUUUCAUAAUAAGAAUGUGUGGUAAUUGUCCCAACCUUCAUCAUUAUGGUAAGAUGAUUUCAACAAAGAUGACUCCUUCUCUUUGGGAGCAUCAAAAUCGUGGCAAGGAUUUUGUGACUUGUGUUUCUGUUGAAACUCGUGGACCUGGUCCACUAGAUGUUUAUCAAAAAAAGGAUCUUGAUGAUCUUCAUACCCACACUGCAAUUGUGGGUGAUAUUAUUAAGUCCCUUGAAGAUGAUUCCAUCCAAAUCACUGGAAUCUAUGGCUUGGGAGAUGUAGGGAAAACGACAUUAGCCAAGGAAGCUGUUAUAAGAGUGAAGAAUACUCUGUUUGCUCAUGUUACUUUUACAACCGUCUCACAGACAGUAGUUUCUAAAGAGAUUAAAAAAGAUAUUAAAGAAGCAAAAAAACGGAUAAUGAAAGGAGAAAAGGUUCUGAUCAUCUUAGACGAUGUCUGGGAGAAACUAGAUUUGGAAGAACUAUGUAUUCCAUGUGGGGAGAAUUACAUGAAUUGUAAGAUCUUAUUAACGUCUAGAGGUCAAAAAGUGCUCCUGAAAAUGAAUGCUCGAAGUAUAAUUUAUGUAGACACUUUGCCAACAAAAGAGGCAUGGAUUCUUUUCAGACGCGUGGUUGGUGAAAGAUUGGAGACGGAUGCCAAUUUGAAAUCAGUCGCAGAGGAGGUUGCUAAAGAGUGUGGCGGAUUGCCACUCCUCAUUCAAGCUGUAGGAUAUGCUUUGAAGGACAAAAGCAUCCAUUCAUGGAAAGCGGUUCUUUCUCAACUAAAGAAACCUGUAGCAUCGCAAAUGGAUCCAGAUAUAGAGAAAGCAUUUAAUCGUUUGCGGCUAAGUUAUGAAUAUCUUGAAAGUGAAGAAACCAAGUGGUGCUUCUUGCUCUGUGGUUUGUUCAAUGGAGCUGAAGAUAUUGAGUUAGAAGACUUGGUACGUUAUGUGGUGGGUUUAAAAUUGUUUGAUAAGCUGGAUAGUAUUGAGGAUGCAAGGCGCAGGGUUCGAUAUGCAGUGAAUAUCCUCACUUCUUCCUGUUUGUUAUUGAAGGUGGAAUAUGAUAAAGGAUGUACCAAAAUGCACAAUGUUCUUCGUUUUGUGGCAUUGUCAAUUGGUUAUGAUCAGAAAGAUAAAUACAAAUGUUUGUCAAAGGCUGGGAAAGAUUUGAUUGAAUGGCUACCAAGAGACAACAACGUAAAAGACUUGACUGAUUAUAUGAAGACAAAUUUUGAUGAUUUCCCUGGAUCGUAUAAUUUGAUGAUCAAUUUGCUGGACAAGAAGGCUCCACUUCGAGCGGUAUUAAAGGCUACCAACCACUAUGAUGAUCGAAAUAUCAUCAAGGACGGGGGAUCCGGAAAAGUGUACAAGGGAAAACUCAAAUGGAAUGGGCGUUUGAUGUAUGUUGCUGUUUGGAGGUUAGAUGGUCAGUAUAGAAAAAGAGAGCUUGCGUAUCUUUCUGCUUUCAAACAUGAUAAUAUCAGCUCUAUACAUAAGUACUUUGAUGAGGAUGAUGAAAGCAUAAUCAUUUACGAGCACGCAUCUAAUGGAAUUCUACAAGGACAUCUAAGUAAUCCAGCACUCACAUGGUCUCGGAGACUGCAAAUAUGUUUAGAUGUUGCACGUGCAUUGAAUUAUAUGCAUGAUCAGGGUCUCAUACAUUGUGAUAUCAACAGCUCUAAAAUAUUGUUAGAUGAAGAUUGGAAGCCGAGAAUCUUCGGUUUUGAACUUUGCACAAAGUAUCCUCAAAGUUGGACGGAUCGCCUUCACCUGUCUCGCUACUUAGGCACUACAAACGUAAUCACACCAAAAUAUGAUGUUUAUUUGUUUGGUGUAAUGUUGUCUGAAGUACUCUGCGGGAAGAAACAUAUGUUUGAUGAACAUGGUUUUAUAGGAAAACUAGGUGACAAUAUUGAUCAUAGUCUAGAGAAACAUAUAGGAAGUCAAUCAAUGAAAUUCACAAUAAUUAUAGCCUAUAAUUGUCUUGAUAAAAAUCUUGUGUUUCGUCCAAGCAUGAAUCAGAUUGUCAAAGAUCUUGAGGAAGCAUUGGAACUUCAACGGAAAGAGGAAAAGCUUGUAAGACCAUUUUAA